AUGCCCCAACCAGGUAUGUUCUCUCGCCCCGAUGGCUCCAACAUCGCCGAGAUCGACACGAAGGAAUUUGUCCACUGGGUGACGGUAGACUUCAUCAGAUUUGGGGGACGAACUAGGCCCAACAGCGGUGAGAGCAUGAUGCGUCUUAUGGCCGAGCAGUGCCGAUCCGGAGUAGCCACUAUUACAUCUGCGCCUCAGCAUCACAGUCAGCCAUGCUGUCUCUCGUUGCCCGUUGUGGGAGAUGCUGAGCUCGUACGUGUUCAUAUUCUCUGGCGUGCAGCUGAGAUUGCUGAUUGGCAUUGGGAGGAGAUUAUGGCCGGUAAGGAGACGCUUGAUACUAAGCGCGUUCUGGGUGAUUCUCCAUGGUGGUCUCGUAAUAAAGUUAACGGGGCCUAG